AUGUAUAUAAAACUAACUCUGGCCACAACGAUCAGGAUUGACCACGAGCCUGUUUAUGAUAAAAACACCCAUGAGCCUUUGCCAAUAAUGACCAAUAGGUAUUAUGCCAUUAGAAAUGUUAAAACACACCGGUUUUUGGUAUGGUUUGGACCCAACUCUACAAUUCCGGUGCCGUUGGACACAAAUGACCCGCGUAUAUACCAUACGUUGACCAAGGACUGUCAUGGAGGUGAAAGCCCAAAUGGAGAGUAUAACUAUGGAUUUAUUAGUUGCAAUUUACCCGGCGAGUAUAAGUUUGGCUCAAUCAGCUGGUACAUACCCGACUACAAAAACGACCAUAAUAAUAACGUUUCGUACCAAGAGUUUAAUUGGGAGUUCAUUGAAAGGCCCGGCCCUGAGUAUAUUAAUAAUAAUUCUGAUAAUAACCCAGAUAAUAAUACAACUAACUUGCUUAAAUAA